UUGAGAAGUCUCGUCUCGUUAAUAUCGUCGCCAAUGUCGUCCCCAGAGAAGAAGAAGAAACUGUUGCUUAAUCCAUUGCAGUUUCUCCCACAAUCAACGCCAAAUCGUAGAUCUCUCGUCUCGUUAACUCCGUCGUCGAUGUCUUCCCCAGAGACGAAGAGAAAGAAACCGUCGUUUCUCUCACAAUCGACGCCAAAUCUGUCACUUCCCGAUGAUUUGCUCCUUAGCUGCUUCGCACGGGUCUCGAAAUUGUACCACCCAUACCUCUUCUUAGUCUCCAAGAGCCUUCGUUCUCUCCUUGCUUCACCGGAUCUUUACAAGACGCGUGCCCUCUUAAACCGCACGGAGAGCUGUCUCUAUGUGUGCUUAAGGUUCCUUCCUGACCCUAACCCUAACCCUCGAUGGUUUACUCUCUCCCGGAGACCUAAUCGAACCCUAACCACGAAGAAGAAGAAGCCAAGUGACCAUCUUUUGGUUCCAUUCACAUCUCCCCAUUAUACUCCUCUUCGGUCGAGCUACGUCGCUGUUGGUUCUGACAUCUACGAAAUUGGUGGACUCAUCAAUGGCGUGCCUUCCGCUAGGGUCUCGAUCCUAAACUGCCGGUCUAACACGUGGCACAAGGCUCCAAACAUGGAGGUGGCGAGGGAGCACCCACACGCCAUUGCUAUUGAUGAGAAGAUACUUGUUAAAGGAGGACUUAGACUUCAAGACUCGAAUUUACCCAAGUGGAUAGAGGUAUUCGACCCGAAAACCCAAACUUGGAUGAUUGUGCCAUUUUUAUCUGAUUCUAAAGACUGGAAAUCACCUGAUGGGGCUGGAAUGGCGUGGCAGUCAGCUUCUAGUUGCGUGAUAGAUGAUGUGUCGUACAAUUAUUGUGAGGGACUGUUCAAAUGGUUUGACGAGAAGGUAAGAGAGUGGAGGAUCUUGAAAGGCAUGGAAGGACUGCCUAAGUACCUUUUUGGUCGGAAUAAUACUUCUUCUCAUGUUCAAUUGGUGGAUUAUGGUGGAAAGAUGGCGGUUUUGUGGGAUAGGCAUGAUAGUUCUAGUAAAAGUCAGGGGAGGGUGAUUUGGUGUGCGGAGAUAUCGCUUGAAAGGUGUAAUAGUGAAGAGAUUUCGGGGACAGUCGAGUGGUCUGAAGCUGUGCUUAAAGCCUCCUCUUUUGCAUUCGUCCAUGUUCUUGCCGCUACUCUUUGAUGAAAGAUCACUGAGAUGUGGUGGUAUUUGGUAAUGAGUAUUAUAAUCAUUUUGUUUUCAAUCUAGUGGAUGACUUGGGUCAUGUUUUAAACUUUGUUAAGAUUUUUAAUGGUUAACUUAUAUUUUUUA